AUGGCGUCGGGUGCCAUUUCCACGGAGUCCAAGAAAAUAUCAGAAUUAAGAGUUGUUGAUCUUAAAUCCGAACUCAAGCGAAGGAAUUUGGACACGUCUGGUGUAAAGAGCGUCCUUCUCGCAAGACUGAGACAGGCUCUUGAGGAUGAAGGCGGUGAUCCAGAAAACUUUCAAAUCCAGCUUUCAAGUGAUACACCUCGAAAAGGCGGAAAAGCGAAAGGAAAAAAGAUGGAUUCAGAUGCAGACACCACAGCGGAAGAUGAUGUGUUUUCUAAGGAAACUGAAGAGUACGAAUCAGAAAGAGAUAUAACUGAUACAGAUGAUGGUACUCGUGAAAAUUCUAAGCCUGCACCCAGUGAGGACAGCCUCGCUCAGCCUGAGGCUGAGGCCCUGGCUGAGGCUGAACCAGAGUCAGAAGCUGUGGCGGCUGAGGCUGAUUCAGAGCCUGAGCCAGAGGGCGAUGCGGAGGCUGAGCCAGAGGUCGAUGCCGAUGCUGACCCAGAGGUGGAUGAGGACGCUGACCCAGAGGUGGAUGGGGAGGCUGAGCCAGAGGCGGAGGCCGAACUGGCUGAGAUGGACGCCGAAGCCAUGAAUUCCUCUAAAGAAGCUGAGGACGAUCACCUAUCCGUCUCAAUCCCAAAUGAAGAUGCCAUCACCCUAGAUGUUGAUGGUGAUGAUCUCCUGGAAACAGGUAAACAUGUGAAACUUCCAGAUCCAGAUGCCGAGAAGGGCACUGAUGAGCCAGAGGCCUCUGCUGAGACGGGCCCAGAUGAUGACUUGAAGGAGCAAGAGACAGAGGGCCACAAAGGUGGUAAGAAAGAUGAUGGAUCCAGGUGUGAGCCCAUGAAGAAAGACAGCAGAGACUCCUUGAAGAAAGCUGAAACGGGAGAUAAAGAAAAGGAUUCUGGGAAGAAAGGCCCCUCCACUACUGGGGCAUCAGGUCAAGCAAAGAGCUCUUCAAGAGACAGAGAUGGGAAAGCUGCAAAAGAUGAAAAGGGAGUUGUCAGCAGCAACAGCAGCUCUUCUCGUAACAUAUGGGUGAGUGGCCUGUCCUCAAACACCAAAGCAGCUGAUCUAAAGAACCUGUUCGGCAAAUAUGGGAAGGUUUUAAGCGCCAAGGUGGUUACAAAUGCUCGCAGUCCUGGUUCAAAAUGUUACGGCUUGGUGACUAUGUCUUCGAGUACAGAAGUGACUCGGUGUGUCUCCCAUCUUGACUGUACAGAGCUGCAUGGACAGCAGAUCUAUGUUGAAAGGGCCAAAAACGAUCCAUUCAAAAAAGAGCCCUCAAAGAAAGAAGCAGAGGACAAAGCAACGUCUAGUAAAUCAAGUGACAAACGCAGUUCCACAGGGCUAAAAUGGACUAACAAAGCACAGCCAUGUUACAAAAAAGAAGACAAGAAAUCAGAUAAACUUUCAGAAAAGGACAAAGAUUUAUCCAAGAAACCAGAGGUCAAAAGUGGGAAAUCUGAGUCUCUUUCAUCUAACUUGGGACAAGAUUCUUUGAAGAAGGAUGACAGAAAGCAUGGGCGGACAAAAAGCCCAGGCAAGAUGAUGAUGUUCGAUCACGGUAAAGGAGAGUCUAAUUUUGGUAAAAUGCGACCUUUCAGAAGGGGGCGAUAUUUUGAUAGACCCUCUGUCAACAUGAAUAUUCAAAGGCGGCCAAAAUGGUUGAUUCCUCCUGAAGAGUUAGAGAUGAUGAAAGACAAACAGCGACCUUUUAUCAACAAGGGGGACGACAAAGACAUUCUGCCUUUUGAGAAGAUGAAGGAGCAGAGGAUGCGUGAACGAAUGGCUCGUCUAGAGCGUGUCCGUAGAGCCGUAGAGUUGCGCAGGCGCCGUGAAAUUGCCGAACAAGAACGACGCGAGCGUGAGCGUGUCCGUCUGUUGCGGGAGCGUGAAGAACGGGAGAACCUGCUCAGGGAGCGCCAGAGAGUAGAGAUGGAAAGACAAAAACUCGAAAGGGAGCGCUUGGAGAGAGAGAGGCUUGAGAGAGAAAGAAUCCGUAUAGAGCAGGAACGCCGUAAAGAGGCAGAGCGCAUGGCACGUGAACGUGAGGAGCUGCGGAGGCAGCAGGAGCAGCUCCGCUAUGAGCAAGAAAAGAGAAACAACCUCAAAAGAGGCCGUGACGUGGAACAUGGUCGGAGAGAUGAUCCCUAUUGGAAUGGCAACAAGAAGAUGCAGUCUGAUCCUGAUGUCCGUUUGAACCAAGGUUCAAACUAUAACCGGCAGCCAAACCGCUUUUCAAACUUCAGUCCCCGAGAGAGGGGUCGCUUCCCAGAGGCUGCUGCUGAGCAGCCCAACACUUACGACAGACGUAACCGGUUUGAUGGUGAGCCUGAGGUUAAAAAAAAUCGCCCGGCACCUCACAGAGAGAGCUCUGGCUUUGAGCGCUACCCCAAGAACUUUGAAACAGUUCGCAGAGCUGAACCACCUCCUCCUCCCCGCACUGAACUCCGGGACACUGACCGCAGGGACAGAGAUGAGAGACGACCGGUGCCCAUGCACGAACGCCCUAUGGGAGCCAGAGCUACAAUACCUGGCAUGUCACACAACCGCACACCCAGGGAUGGAGGGCAUGGUUGGAAGAAUGAUGGAGGGAUAAAUUCCAACAAAGGAGAUAUGCGAGGGCCUAUGCGUAUGCGUGCUGAGCGAUCCGGCAGAGAGGGUCCAGGCCCGUCACUCAGAGGAGGCUCCUCGGCUAAUCGUGGAAGGAGCAGCUUCAAUGAUAGAGAUGGAGGAAGACCCAUGGUGAUGAGUGACCAGCCAUUCAGCUCUGGCCGCCAGGUCGUGGUGGAGCGUCAUGGCAGGGAGCAGGGACUAAGGAAGGAGUGGCACGGUGGAUCAAGCUCCCAGGGCGGGGGCUUCCCUGAUAAUCGCAGGAUGGGAGACACCCGGGGCAGCAUGAUGGCUUCUUCCAGUCACUCUUCAUCUGGAAUGAACCGAAUUGUACAGAUCACCAGCAACUCCAUUCCUAGUGGUGGAAACGUUGGUGGAUUCAAGCCCUUCAAAGGAACACAGCGGCAGUUCUAACUGCGGCCAAAUUCUGCCACUUUAAAGCACCUGAGAAUUUUUUGAACUCUUUAUUCUUAGACUAUCAACUGUUUUAGGUGGCACAUUUGUAGCCAUGAGGUUGAUAACACUAUUUUAUUUUGUAUAGACAAGUGUUUACCUCAGUGUAGAGUUCCUGACAGUUCUGCUGUUACCAUUAAACAACCAUGUGCAUAUGUUUUACUUAUGUUUAGGAAGCUAUUGUACAGCCAUAGGUCUUUGUAAGUAAAGUUUUCAAGUGAUAUUACCAACUUCUCCUCUAAUUGAGUGUUGUAUGUACAUUUUGGAUAGCCCAGUGUCACACUCAGAUUUCCUGUGUACUAUGUCUUAUUUUAGUGUAUUUUAAAACUCAUAAAGUGACGUUCAUUCA